AUUAGUGGCAGCUUGGCCUGACUCUCCGGGGCUCCUUCCCCCGCCCUGCCUGCUGCCCACCCCUGGGCAGGGGGCUGCUCCGCCUGAGGGGCACUGUGCUUGCCCAGGCCUCAAGCCACAGGAGUCUCCCCUGAUUCGACUCUCCCACAAGUCUCGGCUGCUGAAGCAGGCCAAGGGACACAGAUGGGACUAGAGGCAUGUCCCACCCACUCACCUGGGAGCAGGAGACCAGGCCAGGGCCUUGGGGGCUCCAGUCCCUAGAGACCCUCCACAAUUGUCACCCCUGGCCCUCUGGGCUGGGGAAGGAAGGCAGGGGUGCUGGAGGAGGAAACCGGCGGAGCAGCUUCCCUACUCUCAGUUGCGCGUCUGGCGAUGGCGAUCGGAGGUCCUGCUGCGCUCUCCGCUGCGCUCUCCCUCCAUUAGCCGCGCUGCGCGGUGCUCUGCCUCGCGCCCGUGCCCCUCUCCCGGGUCACCGCACCGGAUCGGCCCCGCUUCCAGGCACAACCCCCUCCCCCGGCCUCUCGGCCUUUCCCCCCCACUCGGCCAUCUCCGACCCGGGGCGCGCGUUCCCCCCGGCCCGGCUUCCUCUCUCCCUCCGGGGACACCGGCUCCUUAGCCCCGGCCCGGUCCUCCCCAAGGCGCAGCACGGAGUCUCCGCGUCCCAUGGCGCAACCCACAGCCUCGGCCCAGAAGCUGGUGCGGCCCAUCCGCGCCGUGUGCCGCAUCCUGCAAAUCCCGGAAUCCGACCCCUCCAACCUGCGGCCCUAG